AUGACGAUCAAUGUAGAACGGACCCCAUUGUGGCUUGACUGCGAUCCUGGCCACGAUGAUGCGUUUGCAAUUCUAAUUGCUGCUUUACACCCUGCAUUGAAUCUACUUGGAAUUACAACCAUUCAUGGCAAUGCUUCCUUGGCAAAGACUACCGCAAAUGCCGGGAGCGUCCUGGAAGCUAUCGGUCGACCCGAAGUUCCUGUGUAUCCAGGAAGCAGCAAGCCUUUCUCACGACCCGCCCUUCAUGCUCCUGAUAUUCAUGGUGAAUCGGGCCUAGAUGGAACAGACCUUCUUCCCAAGGCCUCUGUGGCACCCAUUACGGACAAGAACCCCAUUUUAGCUAUGCGAGAUGCACUCCUGGCUCAACCGAAGGGUACUCCAUGGGUUGUCGCCACUGGUACUUUGACCAAUGUUGCCCUGCUAUUUGCAACAUUCCCGGAAGUUGUGGAGCAUAUCGCUGGUCUGAGUAUCAUGGGAGGCGCUAUCGGUAAUGGAUUCACAGAUGCUCCUAUGAGUAGAUUGCCAGGGGAAGAGUCGCGUAUUGGCAAUGUAACCCCCUGGGCAGAAUUUAACAUUUAUUGCGAUCCCGAAUCAUCCGAGGCAAUCUUCAGUAACCCUGCACUGGCAGCAAAAACGGCCAUUAUGAGUUUGGAUUUGACUCAUCAAGUACUUGCCUCGUCAGAUGUUCAAACCCGGAUCUUGCAUGGCGCCAAAGACCCCUCUGACGAGCCCACCAUUAUUCGUCAAAUUUUACAUGCUCUACUGAUAUUCUUUGCUGGAACUUAUGAUAAAGUCUUUGGCUUGUCUACUGGGCCGCCGCUACAUGAUCCUCUCGCGGUAGCAGUGCUGUUGUCGAACCUCAACCCAAAUUUCGCUCAGAAACACCCAGAGCAAGUGAUCAAAUUUGAUGACAAGGGAGGUGAGAGAUUCGCUGUCAGUAUCGUCACUGAUGGCCUUCACAGCCAAGAUGUGUCUAUUACAGGCCAGCUGGGUCGUUCUCUGGCUGUCCCAGUUGUGGGAGCUGGUGUGGCUAUCCCCAGAGGCGUUGACCUCGAGGCAUUUUGGAAUCUGAUUCUGCAAUGCGUGCAGUUGGCUGACGACUGCAAUGCGAAUCGUGCAAAAUAA